AUGUUUUCGUCCCUACUGCGAUCUUUGCCCCAACUUGGGCGCAGAUGGAAACCGCUCACAUUCGCCAAUCCCAACUUUGUUCGGCUCCCCGAGGAGUACAAAAUUGAAGAGGAGACUCUUCCGGAGUACAAUGCCUCAGAAUUCUAUCCAACUCGCAUUGGGGAAAUUAUCAAAGAGCGAUAUCAAGUCAUCGGCAAAUUGGGAUUUGGGUCCACCUCUACUGCGUGGCUUGCACGGGAUAUGGAAAAACGUCGUUAUGUCAUGCUAACAGUAUACAUUCAGGCUUCGUCCAUGGGGCGUCACGCGGACGAUGAGCUCAAUUUGUACAAGCAUAUGGGGCAAAUCACAACCAGCCAUCCUGGUCAAGACGUGGUAAGAGCCUUACUUGAUACUUUCAAUAUCGAUGGGCCUAAAGGCCAACAUCGGUGCCUUGUACAUGUUCCCCUGUGGGAAAGUGUCUUAGCGUACUUACGCCGCAAUCCAGUCGAGAGGCUCCCAUCAGCCGUCAUCGCAGUAGUUCUUCAUCGUUUGUUUCUAGCAUUGGAUUACCUUCACACUGAGUGUAAAAUUGCACAUACAGAUAUCAAAGCUGACAAUAUAAUGUUUGGGAUCAAGGACGAUUCAGUCUUCACUGAAUUUGAGAAAUACGAGAUUGAGCGUCCUGUUCCAAGGAAGGAGGUCGAUGCAGAUGGGAGAAUGAUCUACAUGUCCCAGGAACUCAACAUUCCUAAGAAGGUCGGUGCUCCGGUCCUUUGUGACUUCGGCUCAGCUAUGCUCGGCGACCAACCCCACUCAGUUGCCGAUAUAUGGAACGUGGGUUGCAUGAUCUGGGAUAUCUACGAAGGCGGUAGCUUGUUCAGAGGCCAAGACCCUGAGUUUGAAAGAUAUCGGAGUAGGGCACAUCUUGCUGAAAAUAUCAAUCUUCUCGGCCCCCCGCCUUGCAGUCUUCUUACUCAAGGGCAGUUAAGAGACAAGUUCUUUUCAAAACAAGGCAAGCAUUUCCCUUAUGAUUUGACCAUGUAUUAUGCAGUGAGUGCUUUCGAUCCGGUUCCGCUUGAGCAAAGGGAGACUACUCUUGAGGGUAGGGCUGAGCGAGAGGCAUUCCUACGCUUCAUGCGUAAGAUGCUGCAGUGGGAGCCUAGCCAGCGGAGCUCUGCCAAGGAGCUUGCGGAGGACGAAUGGAUCCUAAGCCACAUGGGCAGAUGA